AUCACACGGAUCAAGAAAAUAAAAGAUCUCAAACGGGUUCUUGCUCCAGUUCUAGAGAGGUAGAGUUUGAAAGAAUGGAAAGAUUACCAAGUUCUACCUUCGAAGAGAUAAUCGACAGUGAUGAGUCGUAUUUGUUGGCAGAGUUCGAAUCAACAAAAGUCUUGAUAGAUAAAAUUCUAAUAGAAAAUCAAGAAAAUAAUGAGCAUGCA